AUAAAUUAAAUAGUGGUCUCAAAAUAAGGUUAUUUAUGUGCACUAGCCCCUUGUAAAACCCUCGUUGGGCAACAUUUUGUUCUUCAUCAGCUGUGGUUUUCCGUCUUUUCAAACAUAUAUAUUCUUAUAAAUGGGUGGAAACAAGCAAAGGCGAUCUAAAUCCCAUCACCAUUCUCAUCGAGGACAAUCCAGCCGUACCCGUCAACCUGAUGACUCUUUCAAGGUUGAAGAGUCUUUACCUAGUGAAUUUGUGGAAGAAGACGAACGAAUCGUUCCAAGGAUUCAGCUUGCUAUGUGGGAUUUUGGUCAGUGUGAUGCGAAAAGGUGUACUGGAAGAAAGCUUGCAAGAUUUGGUUUGUUGAGAGAGCUGCGUGUUGGUAGUGGAUUUGGUGGGAUUUGCUUAAGUCCCACUGGAACACAAUGUAUCUCAAGAGAAGAUAGUAUUUUAAUUGAUCGAAGGGGAAUGGCUGUAGUUGAUUGUUCAUGGGCACGAUUAGAUGACGUACCUUUCACCAAAUUGCGUUGUCCUGCACCUCGUCUUUUACCAUGGUUAGUAGCAGCAAAUCCAGUAAACUAUGGUCGUCCAUGUGAGCUAUCUUGUGUUGAAGCCUUAGCAGCAGGUUUAAUUAUAUGCGGUGAGGAGGAAACUGGAAAUCUAUUGCUUAGCAAGUUCAAAUGGGGUCACGCGUUUUUGUCCCUCAAUAAGGAACUUCUCAAGGCAUAUUCGGAAUGUCAAACAAGUGCUGAUAUCGUUUCAACUCAGAACGAGUGGCUCUCCGCACAAACCUCACCUAUUCCACAAACAAUAAAACCAGAAGCCUCUGGAUCUCAAACUGAAGGUGAAAAUUCUUCUAAUGAUUCUGACGAUGGACUUCCUCCUCUCCAAAAGAAUAUGAAUCAUGUUUCCUUGGCGGAUACCGAUGAAGAGAGUGAAUAAUAUCGCAUAGCAGAAUCCUAUGUUUACUGUAUGUAUUCUUCUUCUUUUCCAUCUAAUUUUAGUUGAUUUUGGCAACUAAUGCAUAAUGUUAGAAUGUUGAGAGAGUUCUCCCAAGAUCAUCCUUACAAUGAUGGUGUUUUGAUAUUGAGCUAUA